AUGGCAAAUGAAGUAAAUACUGAAAACGACGCGGCAGAUGUUGACAUUUGUCGUGUAUGUCGAUGUGAAGGCGCACUCGAUCGACCACUUUUCUAUCCCUGCUUAUGUCACGGAAGUAUUCGAUAUGUUCACGAUGACUGUUUAAUACAAUGGUUGAGAAUAUCACGAAAAGAUGAAUGUGAAUUAUGUGGAACAAAGUUUCGCUUUACACCUAUAUAUCAUCCAUCAAUGCCUCCUGGUCGUUUACCAUUAAAAGAUUUAAUUAAUGGUCUAUUACGUACUUUUUUCAAAGCUUUAAGAUAUUGGCUUCAUUAUGUAAUUGUGGCUUUUUGUUGGCUCGGUGUGGUACCAAUAACAGCUAGUCGUAUAUAUCGAUGUCUUUUUGCUGGAUCAAUAUCAUCAAUUCUUACAUUACCAUACGAUAUUGUUUCCACAGACCAUAUACUAACGGAUGUACUUCAAGGUGGUUUAGUUGUUUUUUGUUCUCUGGGUGCUUUUAUUUGUCUACUUUGGUUAAGAGAACAAAUUUUAACUGGUGGUGGACCAGCAUGGUUACAACCAGCUGAUCCAGAACCUGCUCGACAAGCAGCAGCAGCGGCGGCAGCAGCAGCAGCAGCGGCGGCAGCAGCAGCCGCAGCAGUAGCACCACCACUACAAGCAAAUGGUAUUGCACCAAUAGUGCCAGUUGACGCAAUACCUCUUCUUCUUCCUCCACCUCUUCCUCCUGCUCCUCUCCCUGUCGAACCUGAUCCUAUCAAUCCUGAACAACCAAUACCUCAAAAUGAACUUGAACAUGAAGAAGUUGCUUUUGUGGAUGCUAUUGAUGAUGAAGAUGAUGAUGAUGAAGAUGAAGAUGGUGAAGAAGAACAAGCAAAUUUAAUUGCUCAACCAGCUGUUGUUGCUGGAAAUGCACAAAAUGCUGAACAUAAUCAUAAUUGGAUUGAUUGGGAUCGAGCUGCUGAUGAUUUAACAUGGGAGCGUUUAUUAGGUCUUGAUGGUUCAUUACAAUUUCUUGAACAUGUAUUUUGGGUUGUUACACUAAAUACAUUAUUUAUUCUUAUAUUUGCAUAUGCACCUUAUCAUCUCGGUAAAAUAAUCAUAUCAAGUAAAACCUUUAAACAAACAAUUGCCGAUACACGUUUUACAAUUCCAAUUAAUACUUUAACAACAUAUGGUUGUGUCAAUGCAUUUAUUGGUUAUUUUUUCAUAUCAUUUGUUCUAUUAAUAACAUUUACUAUACUCAGUUUUGUCAAUUAUUUAACACGUAUACGUCGUCUUGUUGGACUUGCUUAUAUUGUAUUAAAAGUAGCAUUACUUGUUAUAUUAGAAAUUCUUCUUUUUCCAUUUAUAUGUGGAAUAUGGCUUGAUGUAUGUUCAUUAAGAAUAUUAAAUGAACGUACAGUUACAUUAAAUGAUCGUUUAACACAAUUUCAAAUGAGUCCUGGUACAAGUACAUUUUUACAUUGGUUAUGUGGAAUGGUAUUUGUUUUUUAUUUUGCAACAUUUAUAUUUCUUUUACGUGAAGUUGUACGACCAGGUGCAUUAUGGUUUUUAAAAUCUAUCAAUGAUUUAGAUUUUAAUCCUAUACAAGAAAUGAUUCAAUUACCACUUGCAUUACAUUUAAGACGUUUUGCAACAUCAAUUAUUGUGUUUGGUUUUGUUAUUAUUCUAAUGUUUUAUGUUCCUAGUGAAUUACUUAUACGUUGUAUACCAAAAUUCUUACCAUUUAAUGUUAAAGGAAGUCUAGAAACAGUUGUAAGUGAAUUAAUGAUUGAAUUUAUUUUAUUACAAGGUAUAUUACCAACAUUACUUGAACAAGGACAUACACGAACUAUGCUCAAAUAUUUGCUUCAAUUAUGGGUUGAAUUAGCGUCAUGGCUUUUAGGUUUACGUUCAUUUCUUCUUGGUGAUGCAUCAUCACCAACUAUUACAAAUACACCACGAGUCGAUCAAAAUGAUAAUGUUUUACCAUUGCCAGUAGUCAAUGUUCCUGAUCAAGUUGAACAAGUACCACCUGUACAAACACCUACAACGCCAUCAUCAUCAGCUCAAACAUUUAUUGAACCAACAUUUUUUCGUCUUCGUCUAGUUGGCCUUUGUUUAUUUACUUGUUUAUCAUUAGCAAUCCUUUCUAUUCUUGGUUUAACCAUUCCAGCAACAAUUGGUCGUUGUCUUCUUGGUCUUGUAACAGGUUCAGCAAAAUUACAUGAAUUAUAUACAAUACUUACUGGUUUAUAUAUUCUUUGGCUUAUAUCACGUAUUAUAUUUUUUAUUCGAUCACUUCUACCAUUUGAUAUCAAUAAUAUCUUAACACGUUUAAAAUCAUACAGUAUUUUAUGUUUACGUGUUGUAAUGUGUACGUUUUGUGUUAUUGGUUAUGUUCCAUUUAUGAUUGGACUUGCAAGUGAAUUAGUUCUGAUUAUACCUUUAAGUACAUCUAUUGAACAAACCGCUGUACUCACACCAUUACGUGUUUGGAUUAUUGGUUUACUUAAUACAAAAAUAGCUAUAGCAUUGAUUAUGAGUGGUCCUCAAUGGCGUUUAAAAGCUGUUCUUGAACGUCUUUAUCAAGAUGGUUUACGUCGUAUUGAUUUUGCAUUUUUAAUUAAUGAAUUUCUAUUACCAUUUACACUGAAUAUUGGAAUGUUUAUGGCAUUUCCAUACUUAGCUGUAUCAUAUAUAGCACCAUCAUUAUUUUAUUCAACAACUGUACAUCAAAUUGAACGUUAUAUCUAUUCAGCUAUAAUAUCAUUUAUGUUAUUAUUAGCAUUUGUUAUAUUUCAAAUCAAACAACUUCGUCUAUUAUUUGAACAUGUACGUGAUGAAAAAUAUCUAGUUGGUCGUCGUUUAAUUAAUUUUGAAAGAUAA